AUGACCCAUUUACAAGCUGGACUUAGUCCAGAGACUAUAGAGAAAGCCCGCCUGGAACUGAAUGAAAACCCAGACAUUUUGCAUCAGGAUAUCCAGCAAGUCAGGGACAUGAUCAUCACGAGGCCUGACAUUGGGUUUUUACGUACAGAUGAUGCCUUCAUCUUGAGAUUUCUCCGAGCCAGAAAGUUUCAUCAAACUGAGGCCUUCAGACUGCUGGCUCAGUACUUCCAAUACCGCCAGUUAAAUCUGGAUAUGUUCAAAAACUUCAAAGCUGAUGAUCCAGGAAUCAAACGAGCUCUGACAGAUGGGUUCCCAGGAGUACUGGAAAAUCGUGACCACUGUGGCAGGAAGAUUCUUCUGCUUUUUGCAGCCAACUGGGAUCAGAGUAGGAACUCCUUCAUAGAUAUCCUUCGGGCUAUCCUACUGUCCUUGGAAGUGCUCAUCGAAGAUCAGGAGCUUCAGAUAAAUGGCUUCAUUCUAAUUAUAGAUUGGAGCAACUUCUCCUUCAAGCAAGCUUCCAAGCUUACCCCAUCUAUCCUCAAACUGGCAAUUGAAGGGCUACAGGACAGCUUUCCUGCCCGUUUUGGAGGAGUCCAUUUUGUCAACCAGCCCUGGUACAUCCAUGCGCUGUACACAUUAAUCAAGCCGUUCCUCAAAGACAAGACAAGGAAAAGGAUCUUUCUUCAUGGUAACAACCUGAACAGCCUUCACCAGCUAAUACACCCUGAAUGCCUGCCGUCUGAGUUUGGGGGCACUCUUCCUCCCUAUGACAUGGGGACAUGGGCUCGAACGUUACUCGGUCCUGACUACAGCGACGAAAAUGAGUACACCCACACCUCCUACAACGCCAUGCACGUGAAGCACGCGUCCUCCAACCUGGAGAGGGAGGCCUCGCCCAAACCCAUGAAAAGGUCCCAGUCUGUGGUGGAAGCCGGCACGCUGAAACACGAAGACCAGGGUGAAAGUGAGAACACCCAACCACUGCUGGCUCUGGACUGAGCUCCCAUGUGCCCAACAUGCACAUACACAUUAACAGACUUCCACCACACCAGGAACCCACAGAGCACACAACACACACACACUCAUGCCCGUGUUUUGCUUGAGAACAAGUCCUUCAUGUUUCUUGACAAGUAACAACUGUCACCAGCCAUCUGUCCGUGCGGCCGACGCUGAACAAAAACUGAGAAGUUUCUACUGACACAGGAGUCUGUCCAUAGAAAAAGAACUCUUUUUUUUUUUUUCUCCGAUUUAUGACAUUAAAUUAUUGGAAAUUAUGGGACUGCAUUCUCUGUUCGAAGAAACCACGGUGUGUCAGUGGCUUUCCUGA